AUGACAACGACGAGGACCGUCCCGAACCCGUAUUUCCCUCCUCAGUACCCUCAUGCGACAGAUUUCGCUGGUGCCACUGGGUCCAAUCCUUUCAUCGAUGCCUCUCCAACGAAUUCGAAUUCUCUAAUGAAGUUCACGAACUUCUGCUUGCCUUCAGACGAUGAUCAUUUCGUCCAACCGCAGCCUUCGAUGCCAGCUGAUGUCGUUCAUUUCAACACGAAUAUCUUCACGCAACCCGCUCCGAGCCCUGCGCAUGGUUUCGGGGAGGAUCUCCAAUCCAGGGUCAUCACAGCCAAGGAAAGAGGCGGUCUGAAGAGCGUCGACUACUUGCACAAAUUUGCCCGCGCGACUGGCAAAUACCCCAAGCUGGGUAUGUUCUGCACGCCAGGCGGCGACGAUGUUGAUCCACACGACGUUCGCCGAUCAGCAUAUUCUCAACCCGUUUCGCCUCCCGUCGUUUACCCUGUCAAGCAGUUUACAAACCUCCCUGUAUACAACGACGGAGCGCCGCUGAGGUCACCAGGAGCGGGGUCCAUUGCACAGGAGCUAACGGAGUCAACAGAUGCCACCAUUGCAAAGAAGAAGCUCAUGUUUACCGAGCCCGAGCAGUUCGCGAUCGCCAAACCCCCUAAGCGCCGUUCCCUCGUCUACUACUUCGACUCUGACAACGACGAGGAGCAGGAAGAAACGCCGUCCAGCCCUGGUGGGUCAGAGUACCGCGACUCCAGCCCAGAGUUCGUGCCUUCCGUCACCAUAAAACUGCCAAAGCUCCACCAGAUGCGCGCCCCAGCGUCUCCCAACAAGAAGCGCAAGUUCGUGCAAGCUAACGACGCGAGGCCUCCGUCGCACAUCGCCAAUGCCAACGCCCAACCCGACACGAACCUCAACGCACCCUCCCCGACGCCCACUCGCCAAGACAGUGAACAACCCUCCACAUCGAGCAACGACAAGCCGUUCUACGAGGUCCGGGACAAGUCUGGUAAGAUCAUUUACCAGUGCCGCGACUGUGUUGGGUUCAGCACCCGCGCGCUCGGCGACAUGGGCCGCCACCUCGAGUCGAAGGCGCACAAACCGCCGAGCCACUGCUGCCAGUUGUGCCCGUCGGUAUUUACGAGAAAGGACGCUCUGGUGCGGCAUGAGAAGAGGAAGCAUAAGCUUGGAGGGUGGUAG